AUGGGAAAAGGGACUAAACGGACUGUGGCAACUACGGAGGUAUUACAUUGCUCUCAUCUGCUCUUGGUGCAAGUGCGCGACCACCUUUUACGAGCACAGAGACCUGAGCAGUCUGGUUUUACACCCAAGAAGUCAACUGUAGACCGUGUCUUAGCACUUCGUGUCCUGUGGAACGCCGACUUGAAUUUCAACAAGGAAAGUCUCUGGAGCCUACUGGAUCUCCGUGGGAUCCUCCCUAGGAUUGUUGGUUUGCAGUCUGGCCUGUAUACAGAUACUAAGAGCGCUGUCAAGUGUAUGGGGGGCAUCUCUGACUUUUUCCCGGUGUCUGCCGGGAUGUGUCCUGGCCCCAACCCUUUUCAAUACUUGUGUGGACUGGACACUUGGCCGUGCCUUGGACAGUAG